CAAAGACGUAGCGAACAUGAGCGGAAGAGGCAAAACCGGAGGCAAGACAAGGGCGAAGGCCAAGACUCGUUCAUCCAGGGCUGGGCUGCAGUUCCCCGUCGGUCGUGUGCACAGGCUGCUGCGCAAAGGCAACUAUGCUCAGCGCGUCGGAGCUGGUGCACCCGUCUACAUGGCUGCUGUGCUCGAAUACUUGACGGCUGAGAUCCUGGAGUUGGCCGGUAACGCCGCUCGUGACAACAAGAAGAGUCGUAUCAUUCCUCGUCACCUGCAGCUGGCCGUGCGUAACGACGAGGAGUUGAACAAACUGCUCGGUGGCGUUACCAUCGCUCAGGGUGGUGUGCUGCCCAACAUUCAGGCUGUGCUCCUGCCCAAGAAGACUGAGAAGUCCAAGUAAAUUUGCCUCCCAUACCCAUACCACAAAGGCUCUUUUAAGAGCCCAACAAACAUGAGUGGAAGAGGCAAAACCGGAGGCAAGACCAGGGCGAAGGCCAAGACUCGUUCUUCCAGGGCUGGACUGCAGUUCCCCGUCGGUCGUGUGCACAGGCUGCUGCGUAAAGGCAACUAUGCUCAGCGCGUGGGAGCUGGUGCACCCGUCUACAUGGCUGCAGUGAUGGAGUAUUUGACCGCUGAGAUCUUGGAGUUGGCCGGUAACGCCGCUCGUGACAACAAGAAGAGUCGUAUUAUCCCCCGUCAUCUGCAGCUGGCCGUGCGUAACGACGAGGAGUUGAACAAACUGCUCGGUGGCGUUACCAUCGCUCAGGGUGGUGUGCUGCCCAACAUUCAGGCUGUGCUCCUGCCCAAGAAGACCGAGAAGUCCAAGUAAAUUUGUCCCCGGCUUCCCUGAACACAACGGCUCUUUUAAGAGCCACCCACACAUCCCGAAAAGAGCAAUUUUCAAUGUCUGACAGAAAUCAUAAUGAAACAUUGUAAAACAAAAAAUGACUUGU